GAGAAAAAGUGCAGUGCAGAGAGAGAAAGAAAAGCUAAAGGUAUUCCUUGGUAGAGUGACCUGUGAGUAACCCAACGCUGAGCUCUGCCAGUGGGAGGGGUGCUCUGUGUGUGUGUGUGUGCGUGUGUGUGUCUCACACACAUAAUCCCUGCCCUCCCCAGCCUUCGGGCACACUGUGCAGGGCUCAGGGUUCGAGCACAGAGCUCCCACUCAGAGACAUGAACGACAUCAAGCUGGCCCUGCUGGGCAGUGAAGGCGUGGGGAAAUCAGCUGUGCUGGUGAGGUUUCUGACCAGGAGAUUCAUCGGGGAGUACGCCUCCAACGCCAGUGAGUGUACCCCAAAAACACACAAGCACGAGUGUACCCCACAAAUGCACAAGCGUGAGUGUACCCCACAAACACGCCAGCACUCCCUGUAUCAUAAACGACUCUCCAUCGAUGGCAGGCAGCUCAACCUGGAGGUUUUUGAUCCAUGUUCUCAGAGUACAGAGGCCAGAUGCAUCUUAGAGGAGCCGGUGGACUGGGCCGACGGCUUCAUCGUGGUGUACAACAUCAGUGACCUCACAUCCUUCCUCAACGCCAAACACAUCCUGCGCCAGAUCAAAGAGGCCCGCACAGACACCUGCAAGGGUGAGGCGGAGGUGCCCGUUUACCUGGUGGGGAACAAGCAGGACCUGUGCCACGCCCGGCAGGUGUGCGAGGAGGAGGGCCGCACCCUGGCCCGGGAGAACAGGUGCCACUUCCAGGAGGUGUCCGCAGCCGAGGACCACCAGGAGAUCUCGGGCCUCUUCACCAGGCUCAUCCGGCAGGUGAUGGAGCACCUGAAGCACCGCACCGACCGCCGGCGCUACAGCGGCUCCAAGUCCAUGGCCAAGCUCAUCAACAACGUCUUCGGCAAGAGGAGGAAGUCCGUCUGAACCGGGCAGAGCUGCAGGGACGGACAGCUCCCCCCGGUGGACGCUGUCGGAAGUGUCCCGUGUGCGGAGAGGCAGUGUUUGUAACACUGCACAUGUGACAGGGACACUUCAGCCAAGGGAGGACAGAAACAGAAGGGAACACUCAUAAAUCUCUAACAGUGUGACGGAAUGGUGAUCGAUAUCGAAACAAUCUCUGAGCGAAGUGCCAUUUUGACAAACAGUAACCUUUUUUUUUCUUUUUUUGUAUCUUGGAGAUAUCAUUAUCUAAACAUUUCUGCUUCUAAUGUGCAUGUAUAAUGUAUAAUGCACUAUAAACACUGCUAUAAGCAGCUGUAAUAACUCAUAGAUAAUUAUUAUAUAUAUAUUAUAACCUACUUUAUGUUAUAAAUAAAUCAUUGCUAUGACAAACUAUAUGGCCAAAGGCUAUAACUUAUUACACCCCUGCUUGCUAGCGAACUGCAGGUUAAUAUGUAUGAUUCAUACACACAAAAGCAUGGCCAAACGAACCCCACAGUUAGAGCUUUGAGCCGCCAGUGAUGGCCAGCGAUCCCUGUGUUCUGUGUAAAUAAACUCUUCUCUUUGUGGCGCGUGCCCUGGAGCACAAGCACCAUGCGUCAUGCACGCCUCUGCGUGAUGAAGUCAUGCUUCUCAAGGCGGCAGUUACGAGGAUGUUAAGUUCCCAAAUAAUAAAGGUAAUAACACGGCCAACUGGCUUAACUGCCACGGCCUGCUUGAAAAGGCAACUUUACCGUUCGCAUGAGAUCGGCUGUUUCAUCCGGUUUCAUCCGGUAUUCAUUAUCUCAGCACAGCCAAGAGCUACAGCACUGAGAAAAUCUGACCUCUUCUAAAUUGUUUUCACAAAAAAACAGGAAACUUAAUGAUGUAGGAAGCCAGCUUAAUUGUAAUUCAGAAGUUAUAGCACUCCCCCUUUAUGUCGUAUUUGUAGAAAUGGCAACUUGUAAUCAGUGUACAUACUUUAAUUCAAUUUAUUUGUAUAUCAUUUUUUUACAGAUAACUUUUAGACAUACAUGUAAUAAAAAUAUCAUGGUAUGUUCAAAAUA